AAAUUUGAAAAUUAGUUUCAUUUAAGUAGACUCCACCGAACAAACGGCAACCGCCGGUCCACAUCCACUUCCAGUGGACUUGCUUUCACUGUAUAAUAUCCCAUUUUUAUCCUAGGAAUAUUUCUCACAUUAUAUUUUUUUUUCUUCUAUAAAUAUUACCCCUCAGUCACCUCUUCACACCUCUUCCAUUUCCCGGCUUCCAGCUGAACUUGCUUUCAAACUCUCACCCAUUUUUUUUCCCUUUCAUUUUCCUUUUCUUUUACUAAUUUCUCUUUUUGUAGUUUUUUCAUUUUCUGUGAGAAAAUGGCGUUGCUGCCAGAUCUGGGUGCAGAGAUCGUGAUUCCGGUGUGCGCCGUUAUCGGCAUCGUCUUCUCGCUCGUGCAGUGGUUCCUCGUGUCCAAGGUCAAGCUCUCGCCGGAGGCGGGCGGCGGCGCGUCGGCUGCAAAGAACGGGAAGAAUGGGUACGGCGACUACCUGAUAGAGGAAGAGGACGGCAUCAGCGACCAGAACGUCGUCGUUAAGUGUGCCGAAAUACAGAACGCCAUUUCCGAGGGUGCAACAUCCUUCUUGUUCACCGAGUACCAAUAUGUGGGGAUUUUCAUGGUUGCUUUCGCAGUCCUCAUCUUCCUAUUCCUGGGCUCAGUUGAGGGUUUCAGCACAAAGAGCCAGCCAUGCACAUACGACAAGGAGAAGCUGUGCAAGCCUGCCCUUGCAACAGCAGUCUUCAGCACCGUAUCCUUCUUGCUCGGAGCUGUGACUUCCGUCGUCUCCGGUUUUCUUGGGAUGAAAAUCGCGACAUAUGCUAAUGCGAGGACAACAUUGGAAGCCAGAAAAGGCGUCGGGAAAGCUUUUAUUACGGCAUUUAGAUCGGGUGCAGUCAUGGGGUUUCUCCUUGCAGCAAAUGGCCUGUUGGUCCUUUACAUUGCCAUUAAUUUGUUCAAGCUCUACUAUGGUAAUGACUGGGAAGGGCUGUUCGAGGCGAUUACUGGUUACGGUCUUGGUGGGUCCUCUAUGGCCUUGUUCGGGAGGGUUGGUGGCGGCAUUUACACCAAGGCGGCUGAUGUUGGCGCCGAUCUUGUUGGGAAGGUCGAAAGGAACAUUCCGGAAGAUGACCCCAGGAAUCCCGCUGUGAUUGCUGACAAUGUUGGUGACAAUGUCGGGGAUAUUGCUGGUAUGGGAUCCGAUCUGUUUGGUUCGUAUGCUGAGUCAUCGUGUGCGGCUCUUGUUGUGGCCUCCAUUUCUUCUUUCGGGUUGACUCAUGACUUCACGGCAAUGUGUUAUCCGUUGCUCAUUAGCUCCAUGGGAAUUCUGGUCUGCUUGAUCACCACUCUUUUUGCAACCGACUUUUUUGAGAUCAAGGCUGUCAAGGAAAUCGAACCAGCACUGAAGAAGCAGCUCAUUAUUUCCACUGUUCUUAUGACAGUGGGAAUCGCAAUUGUCACGUGGACUUGCCUGCCGUCAUCUUUUACGAUUUUCAAUUUCGGUACUCAAAAAGUUGUCAAGAACUGGCAACUAUUUCUCUGUGUUUGUGUUGGACUCUGGGCUGGACUCAUCAUAGGAUUUGUGACUGAAUAUUACACCAGCAAUGCUUACAGCCCUGUGCAAGAUGUUGCUGACUCCUGCAGAACUGGUGCUGCCACCAAUGUUAUAUUUGGCCUCGCCUUGGGAUACAAAUCUGUGAUAAUUCCCAUUUUUGCCAUUGCAAUUAGCAUUUUUGUCAGCUUCUCCUUUGCUGCCAUGUACGGUAUUGCAGUGGCUGCCCUGGGAAUGCUGAGCACUAUUGCCACUGGUUUGGCGAUUGAUGCUUAUGGCCCAAUCAGUGACAACGCCGGAGGUAUUGCCGAGAUGGCCGGUAUGAGUCACAGGAUUCGUGAGAGAACUGAUGCCCUUGAUGCUGCUGGCAAUACCACCGCUGCUAUUGGAAAGGGUUUUGCCAUUGGAUCUGCCGCUCUCGUCUCGUUGGCCCUAUUUGGCGCCUUUGUCAGCCGUGCGGAAAUCUCGACUGUCGAUGUUCUGACCCCUAAAGUCUUCAUCGGUUUAAUCGUCGGCGCUAUGCUUCCGUACUGGUUCUCGGCCAUGACCAUGAAGAGUGUGGGUAGUGCCGCCCUAAAAAUGGUGGAGGAAGUCCGCAGGCAGUUCAACACAAUCCCGGGCCUCAUGGAGGGUCAUGCCAAGCCCGAUUAUGCUACCUGUGUGAAGAUCUCGACCGAUGCUUCCAUUAAGGAGAUGAUCCCGCCUGGCGCCCUUGUCAUGCUGACUCCCCUGAUUGUCGGGACGUUUUUUGGCGUCGAGACUCUGUCCGGUGUUCUUGCCGGGUCCCUUGUUUCCGGUGUGCAGAUUGCAAUUUCUGCAUCAAACACUGGUGGUGCCUGGGACAAUGCAAAGAAAUAUAUUGAGGCUGGUGCUUCUGAGCAUGCAAGAACCCUUGGUCCAAAGGGGUCAGAACCACACAAAGCAGCCGUGAUAGGCGACACAAUUGGGGACCCACUUAAGGACACUUCAGGCCCGUCUCUGAACAUCCUCAUCAAGCUCAUGGCAGUUGAGUCCCUCGUCUUUGCACCUUUCUUCGCCACUCACGGUGGCCUGCUGUUCAAGAUCUUCUGAGGGGUGGUUAAAGUAAGAAAAAGGACCAUAUAAUAAAUGGAUGUUUUUGGGCAAAAUGGAAAUAAGGUCUCGACUCCCUUUCUGCUCUGUCGUCUCUAUCCUCAAAUGUCUCUCAAAGUUGUGGUCGAAGUUACUCUUAAGUUAGUGGCGAUUUUAUAUUUUUGAUGAGCUGAUGAUUAUAACCAUAUGUGAUAAUGGUGCUGCUGCCGGUGAAGGAUGAAAGGUGAAAAUCUGUCAUCCUCUCGUCGUUGGUAGUGUCGGAUCAAAUUGUACGCUUUUUUUUUUUUUUUUUU